GUGGGUGUGCAACCCUCUCAGUAUCAUCGCUGACAUCAUCUGUAAGAAACGGAAAGAGAACAGCACAAAUAACGUGCCGCUUCUUUUAUUUUUCGGUUUGCUUUGGGGGUAUUCGCUCCUCCGCGUACGGAAUACACUGCACAUAACAAGUACCAACAGGCACAGAUUCGCCUAUUUCCUCACACAUACACGUACACAUACACGUACACAUACACGUACAUACACCGAGGAAAAGAAAACGCCGAUGUCCCUCUCCUCCUUUAUCGCGCCGCGUUCUCACCUGCUGCAGCAGUACACGAGCUGCCGCACGAUGUUUCUCUGCUGCGACAUUCAAGAAAAGCUGCGUAAGCGAAUUCCAAAAUUUAACAACGCCGUCGUCGUCUCGAACUUAAUGGCCGACUUCCACGACGUGCUGACACCGAAGUACGCAACCUUUGUGGCGACCGAGCACGCGCCCGAGCUCGCUGGUCCCUUCGUCAAGGACAUUCGUUUGCCUGCAGGCACGCACAUCAUGACGAAGUAUCAGCCGUCGAUGCUGCUGCCGGACGUGUCGUCUUUGCUGGAGGGCGACGAGGCGAAGGGUGUGCUGCCGGUGCGGCAGGCGGUGCUGUGGGGGCAUGAAAGCCACGUGUGCAUCCUCCAUACGGCCGAUGCGCUGCUGCAGCGGAACAUCCGUGUCGCAGUCCUCGUUGACGGGUGCGCGGCACAGCACGCCAUCGAUCACGAGGCGGCAGUCCAGACGAUGGCCUCGUGGGAUGGGCUGACGCUGUCGACCAUUGAGUCUGUCGUGAUGCAACUGACGCAGAACGACCAUGCGAUGGUGAAGGACCUGUGGAAGCUGCUUCGUACGCGUCGCGAGCAGCUCGCGUGA